AUGCCUUCCUAUCAAGACGAGGACAAAGAGAGCAUGUAUGGAUAUGUUCUGAAGGUUUCCGGACCUUUGGUUGUAGCUGACCAUAUGUCUGGAACAAGUAUGUAUGAACUGGUGAGAGUGGGAUAUGACCGUUUGGUGGGUGAGAUUAUUAAACUUGAAGGCGACACUGCUUCAAUUCAAUGUUACGAAGAGACUGCGGGUCUAACGGUGGGUGAUCCUGUACUUCGUACAAACACUCCGCUUUCUGUGGAAUUGGGUCCUGGUAUCAUGUCAAACAUUUUUGAUGGUAUUCAACGACCUUUGGAGGUUAUUUACAACCAAUCACACUCUCCCUUCAUUCCUCGUGGAGCGGAUGUUCCAGCGCUGAAUCGAGACCGGAAGUGGUUAUACACCCCUCUGCAUUUCAAGGAAGGCGAUAUCAUCUCGGGCGGUGAUAUUUUCGGUGUGGUGUACGAGAACGAGCUGAUUCCGGAGCACAGCAUCAUGUGUCCUCCGAAUCUGAAGGGAACAGUGGUGAAGGUGUAUGGUGGUGAGACGGACGGCAAAGAAGAAUUGACUCUGAACGACACGCUGCUUGAGGUGCGCGACGAGACGACGGGCGUGGUGAGCAAGCUGACGAUGUCCCACCUGUGGCCGGUGCGCAGCUCGCGUCCGGUGAUCGAGAAGCUUCCCGGGAACCACCCGCUGAUCACGGGCCAGCGCAUCAUCGACACGCUGUUCCCGUCGGUGCUGGGCGGCACGUGCUGCAUCCCCGGCGCGUUCGGGUGCGGGAAGACGGUGAUCUCGCAGGCGCUGUCGAAGUACGCGAACACGAACUGCAUCGUGUACGUGGGGUGCGGCGAGCGCGGAAACGAGAUGGCGGAGGUGCUGUACGAGUUCCCCGAGCUGAAGACGGAGCUGAACGGGAAGGAGAUCGGCAUCAUGAACCGAACGUGUCUGGUGGCGAACACGUCGAACAUGCCGGUGGCGGCGCGCGAGGCGUCGAUCUACACGGGAAUCACGAUCGCGGAGUACUUCCGCGACAUGGGAAUGAACGUGGCGAUGAUGGCGGACUCGUCGUCGCGCUGGGCGGAGGCGCUGCGAGAGAUUUCGGGCCGUCUGGGCGAGAUGCCCGCGGACAGCGGCUACCCCGCGUACCUGUCGGCCCGUCUGGCCGCGUUCUACGAGCGAGCCGGCCGCGCGCGGCUGAUCGGAUCCCCGGCGCGCGAGGGCUCCGUGACGGUGGUGGGCGCAGUGUCCCCGCCCGGAGGCGACUUCUCCGAUCCCGUGACGACGGCGACGCUGUCGAUCGUGCAGGUGUUCUGGGGACUGGAGAAGAAGCUCGCCCAGCGAAAACACUUCCCAGCCAUCAACUGGCUGGUGAGCUACAGCAAGUACGACCGCGUGCUGGAGCCGUUCUUCGCGGAAAUGGACCCCGAGUUCAUCGCGAUGCGCAACCGCGUGCGCCAAAUCCUGCAGGAAGAGGACAAUCUGCAGGAAAUCGUGCAGCUGGUGGGAAAGGAGUCUCUCUCGGAGGACCAGAAAGUGAUCAUGGAGGUCGCGAAGAUCAUCCGCGAAGACUUCCUCCAGCAGAACGCCUACUCCGAGUACGACUUCACCUCCCCUCUCCACAAAUCGGUGGGAAUGCUCCGAAUCAUCACCCAUUUCUACGACUGCUGCAUGAAGGCCAUCCGCGAUUCCCCCGUGGACGCCAAGGUGACGUGGGCCCACAUCAAGGCCUCGAUGACCGAUCUGAUCUACAGAAUCACCUCCAUGAAGUUCUAUCACCCGAAACUGGCGGUGGAGGAAAUGAAGGCGAAGUUCGACGAGCUGUAUGAAGACAUCGACAAGCAAUUCCGAACAUUGAUGGAAUAAGGGAAGCAAAGAAGAAGGAAGGAAGGAAGGAAGGAAGGAAGGCAAGAAUAAUGGGAUAAAGGAAGAAAGAAAGAAAAGUAUUUUGUGGUAUGCUUUUU